UGUCUUACAGAUCCAGACAUGUCAGACGAAAGGAUUGAGCUCACAAAACCCAUUUCUCUUAUCUACAUAAUAGACGACAUUUUCGAUGUUUAUGGAACGAUUGAGGAACUCACUCUCUUCACAGAAGCUGUCAACAAAUGGGAUUUUGCUGCUCUUGAGCAACUACCCGAGUACAUGAAGAUAUGCUUCAAGGCUCUUUACGACAUCACCAAUGAAAUUAGUAACAAGAUACAUCAAAAGCAUGGAUGGAACCCAAUAGACGCUCUAAGAAAGACGUGGGCGAGUUUGUGCAAUGCCUUUCUAGUAGAGGCGAAAUGGUUUGCUUCUGGGCACUCACCCAGGUCAGAAGAGUAUUUGGAAAAUGCAGUUAUUAGUUCAGGGGUUCAUGUCGUACUUGUUCACACUUUCUUUCUUUUGGGCCAACGUGUAACCAAGGAAACUGAAGAUCUUGUGGAUAACCUACCGGGCAUUAUUUCUUCUCCGGCCACAAUUCUUCGGCUUUGGGAUGACUUGGGAAGUGCCAUGGAUGAGAGUCAAGAAGGGCGUGAUGGAUCAUACAUAGACUACUACGUGAAGGAACACCAAGGUUGCUCCAUCAAAGAGGCACGAGAGAAGGUUGUGAGUAUGAUUGCAGCCGCGUGGAAGCUGCUAAACAAGGAGUGCCUCUCUCCAAAUCCAUUUCCAGCAGCAUUCACUAGGGCUUCUCUUAAUAUUGCAAGAAUGGUUCCAUUGUUGUAUAAUUAUGACGACAACCAUUGCCUUCCAAGCUUCCAGGAGCAUUUGAAAUCCGUGCUUUAUGAAAGCGUCUCACUUUAAGGGAAAAAAAAAUUAUCUAUAU